AUGUCAUCAACGGAACAGCAGGAUUCGAUAAGGAUAAUGGUGAAGACGCAUUCGCGGAACGAGGAAUUUAACGUGCCGCUGAUGUCUACCGUGGCCGAGAUCAAACCGGAAAUAGCGGAGCGAUUCGAAGCGCAGGAGGACCAACUGUGCCUGAUCUACGCCGGUCGUCCUCUCAAGGACAACAACACCCUGAAGGAUCAGAACGUGCGAGACGGCUUCGCAAUUCAUCUGGUCAUCAGGAGACCGACGCAGCCGCCGCCGAUUUCUCCUCAACCGACGACGCCGCCUCCAUCUAGGAACACCUUCGAGGACCUCACCUCGAACUUGCUCAACAAUCCCGAAUACUUGAGGACUUUGAUCGCGAUGGAUCCAAGAUUGCAGACGUACUUGGAGCAGAACCCCGAGAUCGCUCACGCCAUCAACAAUCCCACCAUAAUGAGGGAAUACCUGCAGUUGGCAACCAAUCCUAAUUUGAUGCAGGAAUUCCUGCGCAAUCAAGAUUUAACAUUGAGGAACAUCGAGAAUAUGCCAGGUGGUUUUGCGGCUCUCCAAUCGAUUUAUAAUAACAUAAGUGACUUCGAGACACCGGAGGCGUUGGGGGAAACUCAGACGGCGACGUCGCAGCCGACGACUAACUUAAACUCUAAUCCGCUUCCAAACCCUUGGUCUUCGGAGCAGCAGCAGAAUGCGAGCAGCGGUCAGCCUCAGGCGCAGCCUGAGCUUAUGUCCCAAAUGCUGGCCAAUCCGCAGAUACAGCAGAUUAUGCGAGAGCUGGCCAGCGAUCCCAAUUUCCUGCAGGCCAUCCUGAGCAAUAAUCCGACGUUCACCGAUCCCAACAUGCAGGAAUAUCUCCGCGUCCAUCUGCCUUCACUGCUGCAGUUCGAGAUGCCCGCGAUGGGCGAGGAGGAUAGUCUUGGUGUGCUCACUCCGGAGGCGAGAUACUCUGGUCAGUUGGAGCAGCUCAUCUCCAUGGGUUUUCCCAAUCGGGAGGCUAAUCUUAGCGCUCUGGUGAGGAGCAUGGGUGACCUUAACGGAGCCAUCGACAUCUUGACAAGAGGUCCUCAAUUCUGA